AAUACUGACUGCAGUAGUCGGUGAUUUUACUUUAGUAGGGUUACUGUUAUGACAACGUUAUCAUUAGCCCAAAACAUAGUGCAAGUUGAAACUUAGGAAUUUGGUUUAAUGAUUUGUAUGCUGAAAGAAUAAAGUCAUAAUGAGACGAAGAGUUGGAGGAGUUGGUGCCAUUCAGAAGCAGCAGCUAGCUCAAGCCAGAUUUCGAAAUAAAGGAAGCGAAAUAGCUGAAGAUCAGCUUCAGCAGAUGACAAAACAAAUGGAAGUGUUUCGCACAAAACUUCAGGAGUUUGCUUCUAAUCAUAAAAAUGAAAUACGGAAAGACCCAUACUUUCGUUGUCAGUUUCAAGAAAUGUGUGCCACUGUUGGAGUUGACCCUUUAGCAUCAAGUAAAGGCUUUUGGGCCAAAAUGUUAGGAGUUGGAGAUUUCUAUUAUGAAUUGGGUGUUCAAAUUAUUGAAGUGUGUAUUGCUACUAGUCAUCAAAAUGGAGGAAUAAUUGGAUUGGAUGAGUUGAGAGAAAAAGUUAUGAAGUCUCGUGGAAGUAAGAAACGACAAGAAGAUAUAACACAAGAUGAUUUAUUGAGAGCUAUUGACAAGUUGUCAGUUUUGGGAAAGGGAUUUCGUCUAAUCCCUGCUGGGAAUCAUUAUCUUGUUCAGUCAGUUCCAGCAGAGUUAAAUAUGGAUCAUACAACCAUACUUCAGCAAGCUGAAGGAACAGGAUUUAUUUCAUUAAUGGCUUUGAGAAGAACUCAGAAAUGGGGAGAAGAGCGAGCCCAGAAUGCCUUAGAAGAUUUAGUAAAAGAAGGAAUGGCUUGGGUGGAUGACCAGGCCAAAGAUGAGGGUGAAAGGUUGUAUUGGUUUCCAGGUCUUUUACAAGAUAAACUUGUGUCAUGGUAGUAAGUAGGUAUAAUAUGUUGACUGCAGACAGUUAUUUUGUUAUGAUGUAACAUGUUAUAAUUUCACUUAAAAGCCAAAAGGAAUCCAGUGAUAGUUUCAAACUGUUAUGAAAGUGACCGUAUUCUGAGAAUUUGGAACAUGCCCUUAAAAUUUGAAUCUUCAUUAAUUAAUAUUUUACCAAUUAGUAACAAAAUUGUGCCUUACAAAUGCUGCACAGACUUUUGAUUGAGAAAGAUAAGUUUAUUGAAUGCAGUUACUGCACUACUAAAAACUCAAAUUAAAGGAAAAUGAAAAGUUACUUGUGUGUUCAUGUAAAUAAAAUGGCUUUAAGAGUUAUUCCUGCAUGAAGGUAUAAAAAUCAUUUGCUAUAGUUCAUUAAUUUCUGAGAAAAAGCAGUUCAAAGUUUUUAGGUUACAGGGAAAAGUAUUUAAUGUUUAAGAUUCAUGAAUCAAAACAUAAAGUGUAUAUUUAUACUGGUACAAAAUUCAAAGUAGUAGCUCCAAAAUUGUAGGCAUGUUUCAACAAUUUGGGAUUUUGUUUGUAAUUACACUCUAGAAAUAUAUGUUAAACAUAGGAAACAUUACAAUUUUUAGUUACAUUUUUAGAAAAUAAUUCGUAAAUGGAAGUCAAGAUUGGUCCACUCAUGUAACAUUAUUAAUUUCAAAAGCUUACUGACUUGUGUUAUUUUAAUAAUAGAGAUGACAAUUUUUUUUUUGCCAAGAAAAUUAACCAUAUGUUUUGUACUGUUUGCAAGCUUGGGUGUUCACAUGUAUUAUUUGCAUAUAUUUCUAGUAGAAAUCUAAGAGUUGGUGGUUGAUUUUUGUACCAUAUGUGUUGUAAAUAAUAAAUGGAAAAUAUUAAUUAUGCAUAUAAAGGAGACAGAUUGUUUAACUAGCUUUCCUGGAUGCAGUUUGGUAAUUUCCCUAGACUUGAGGAGCUGAGCCUUUUGUAUUGUUGAAAUGGAUUUUUUUUGCCUGUAUUGUUUAUAAUUGCAUGAGCAAUGAAACAUUUGUGCGUAAUAAUGCUCUUAAGUAUACUAUCAGUUGUACUUUUGUUUCUAAACUAGUCUUAAAUGUAAUUAUUGUAUUUUGGCACUUGUGUUUAAAGUUAAAAUCAUAAAUAAUAUUCAACGUUAAAACUAG